AUGAGAACCGGGAAGAGCCAGGGGCCCCUAAACCCAGAAGAGACAUGGAAGCUGGGCCCCGAGAGCCAGACGCCCAAGGAGCCAGAGCCAGGCCUCUGGAAAGCCAGGCCCAGCCAGCCGGGCUCCAAGAGCGGGAGCCCGAGAGAGGAGGGUGCGGGCGGCUGGGGGACGCCUCCUCCCCACCCGCCCACCGCCGCGCACAAGUUGGGGGCGCCCCCGGGUCGCCUCCCAGCCCGGCCCCCCCCUCCCCCUCACCUCCGCCGCGCCGCUCCAUGCUCAGCCCCGGGCCGCCCCCAGCGCUCCACAGGCGCGCCGCCCGGCUCCAGCCCGCGCGCGGCCACUCGGAGCCGCCCGGCCCGGCCCCGCCUCCGCGGCGCCCCUAGCCCGGCCGGCCCCCGGCCGGCCCGAGUGGGCGGCGCAGCGCGGGGGAGGGGUCGGAGGGGCGUCCCCGCCCCGGGCGCGGACACGCGCAGGCACCCCGCGUCACGCGAGGCCGACCAGGCGCUCGCGGGGGCUGCGCCGGGGGACCCAGGAUCCCCGUCCCCCCGCGCCCCCGCUCCGAGAGCCGGUCGGCUCAGGACUCGGCCGCGGCCGCGGGUCACCCUCUACUACCCCUACCCGGGCCCCGGGGCCAGCAGCAGCUGGUCAUUGUUCGAGCACAAAGGGCCGGGCGCCAAGGCGGCCGCCCUUCCCCCUCCGCUUCUUCGGUCGAAGCCUCCCCCGCUAGACACACUCUCGGGCUUCGGAGUCCAGAGCGAGACGCCGAGAGUCGGCUGCCCCUCCCCCGCCCCAACCCCUGCUACCGGGACCCUGCGCCCCAGGAUGAGUCGGGGGCCGAGGCUCGCGCCGGGCCUGCCCCCCACCCCCAGCGGUUGGUGGAGGAAUAUUUGGACUUGCGGAGGCGGCGCCACCUGGCGGCGCAUUCGGGAUGAGGGCACCACGAACAUGCUCGGGUGAAGGAAGGAGAGGAGCCCAGGUCACCCCACCCAGUGCAAGUCUCCAGUCCUGCGCUACCCGGACUCCAGGGGGCGUUCUGUUCCCACUUCUGUGGGAAGGUUUAACACUUCUCUGGAAGGAGAAUGGAAUACUGCUCGGCUGGAGACCUUGCAGACUCGCCCAGGACUGGGGAGGGAGGUCCUCGCCCUGAUGCGCGGGUGGGGGAGCACAGCCCACUUGUCUGCGAAGCGAUCACGUGCUGGGCGCCUGUUUACGUCUAAGUCUUCACCUGUGGGCGGCCAGGAAGCAGGAACCUCGGGAGGUGUCCCACCCGGCCCGCCCCCGUCGGCGGUCACAGGGCAGCCCUUUAUCUCCAACCCCCGUCAAGUGCGCGACAGCAGAGCGCUCUGUCCGCUGGGGGUCCGUGCGGGCCAGUGGCGCUGCUCCAGGGACUGCAGGGGUAAUCUAUGGGGCGCGUCCUUUCCUGAAUGCACGUGUGUUCGUGUGUCCCAAGUGCGUGGGUCUGUGUGCGCGCGUGUGUGUGCCCGCUGGUGUGAGUUUGUGUCGGUUCCCUGUUCAGACUCCUCGCCUGCGCCCCGCCCCCGUCGCCCAGAGUGGGGACCCCUUUCUCACUCCAGUCCCCGGCUUCCCCAGAUCGGGAAAGUUCGCUCCGGAGCCGGGAUGUGUGGAAGGCUGGAGUUCCGACACCUCCGUGUCCCCACCACUCACCCAGCGCCACCUGCGCCGCCGCUCCAGCUCCCGCCCAGCUCCUGCUCCAGCGCGGGCACCUCCUCGCCGCAGAUCCGCCGGCUCCCAGCCAGCUCCGGGCUCCGGACUCCGGGCGCCCGCCUGGCCGGGCCUGGUGGAGCGGGGCGGGGCGGGGCGGCUGAGGCCGCGCCCCCGGCCCAGGAGGGGAGUGGUCUGCCCAGCACCCCCUCAGCAGCCGACCCGGUAUCCAGCCCAGCAGUAGCUCAACGGUGGCCUGAGGCUGCUCCGCUGGCCUCCGACUUCACAGCCUUCUGGAUUUGGCUUGCGACCUGGGAAAGGGCCGAGCAGCACGUGACCGAGAGCUAAACUACCUGGGUGCCCUAACCAAGUUGGCGAUAGGGCUUUACUGCCACCUGCCCGACCCGGUGGGGAGCCAAACCAAGUCCACUCUCGGCUCCUUCCCUAGGCACCGGGAAAACCCCUAGGAAGCAGACAAAGAAGGCUCAGGUUUCACCAAAACAGACCCCGCCCCACCCUCGGGUCAGAGCUGCCCUAGCACCACUACCUUCCCCCUCCCCUGGAGUAGGUGUCUGCCCAGGUGAGUGUGCUUGCCAGUUCUGGCCCCCCACAGAGCAGGGGCCAGGCUUCCCUUAGACUCAUAAAGUUCCACCCACAGGCACAAACAGGAAGUUGCCUUGUAUUGCAGGGAGGCACCUAGGGCUCCCUCCCUCCAUGGCACCGGAGGCGGCCUGUGGGAAGGCACAGACUGCGAGGUCUAUAGGUAUCUGGGCCACACUCGCAGCCUGAAUACUUGGGCAGCGGGAGUGCAGUGAAUUUAGUCCCUUCUCAAACCCAUCUGCAGUAACGAAGCUGCUGGAGGACUGAAGCUGCCCCCCUCACAGACAAAUGUGACCCGGAAUCUGAGAGAGCUGCAGAUCCAGCUGGACCCUGCUUGGCCAGGCCCUUCCUGAAUGCUCAAGGAGAUUCUUAAUAUCCAAUUGGACAUAGGCAGAA